UGACACAUAUAACAAUAUGAUGUGUCAUUUCUUUGACAUGUCUACAUUAUUAUGAAGUUACCUUUUCAUACAAUUUUAUCACCUUUCCUAAAACCAUAUUUCAGACACACCAGGCUGUUUUGUCAGCACCCGACAUUCUCAGCUAGUAUUUUGUAUACAUACUUCUAUGGUGUUCUUGGUUUGAUUGUCAGUAUCCAUGAUUUGAAGAAGCACUUUGGAGAGAUACAAGUUGAUGGAAAACUGAGUCUCAAUUUUCGUGAUGCAAUGAUCGUUCAUGACAUAAAAGUCAUAGUUUCAUCUAUGGGAUUGGUCCAGCACUUGUGCCUUUUAAUGGGAUGCUUCACCCAAACCGCAACCCGGGAGACUUCUCAGGGAGUCCGAGUGAGGCUAAGAGCGUUGCUUGUCGCGCUACUUGGAGUGUCAAUGUCUGCUUGUGCUUUCGCCUCUCAACCCGUGGAAUUAGAACUUGAUGAUGAAGAUGUCGCCCAACGGUUGAAUAACGUCAGCUUUGCUAGACGAAUAACAAAACCUACAAUACGGCUGUUGAUGGGCUACGGAAAAUUGAGUGCAGUUAUUACCGCUUUUACAUCUUUACUUUUACUGGUUGCUGUUAUGUCAAAGCAGUCUUGGCACCGACGCGGCGCGCGAUGGCUGGCAGCGCCGGCGCUAUUGGUGACUGCGUUGGAGAUUGCGUCUGACGCGAGCGACGCCAUUUUGGCAGCUCUACUCCGGGAGUCAACCGAGCCUUUUAGAGUGGCAGCGCAAACUAUUGCUGCCGCGAUCCUUAUUACUAUCGAGAUAUUAGUUUGGUUUUUCAUAGCAAAAUUUUUCGAAUACAAUCCACCGAUGUCUCUCGAAGAAACUAAGAAGGAUAUCACAAUUGAGCCCUAUCUACAAUGAAAAACGGAUUUCUUAAUUAAAUUUUUAUUAAAAUAAUUUGGACAAUA